AAAGGAAGGAAAGGCCGUCUGCUUGAGAACGAGUGAAGGACAGCUGAGAAGUCAACGCUGAUAUCUGUGGCGGCGAUGACGUCAGUCGCCGUGGCCGUUAACGGCGGCCCCGGCAGCAGAGGCAACGGAAGCCGCCGGGCCGUUCGUUGGGCGGUGGAGAAUCUUUCGGCUGAUGCCGAUACGUUAAUCUUGAUUCACGUCAUGCCGGCAAUCACUUCAAUCCCAACUCCAUCAGGAGAGCAAAUACCCAUCAAUGAAUUGGACGCAAAUGUGGUGGAACUGUAUGUCCAGGACAUGAGAGCCAAGUUUGAACAAAUCUUUCUCCCAUUUAAGAAACUAUGCAAAACUCUAAAUGUAGAAACUUUGGUGCUGGAAGGUAAAAAUCCUGCAACAGUGCUUCUAAGAUACGCCUCUGAGUCAGGGAUUAAAAGCUUGGUUUUGGGCUCUUGCUUUUCAAACUGCAUUUUGAGGAAGCUAAGGGGACCAGGUGUACCAUCAACUGUCCUGAGAUAUGCUCCUGACACUUGCGAUGUUUAUGUUAUAUCUAGACGCAGACUUAGAAAAAAAUCAACCAAUCCCUCAUCCUUCACCAAGACGAGCUCUAGACACUGGUUUGUAACUCGAAGAAAACUUACUGAGGGUCCCAAUGGUAUUAAUGAACAAAUAUCUGGUUCUUCCACUUUGGGGUCCAAAGUUCGUAAAAUCUUUGGAGCUUCUUCAUUAUCAGAACUUAGUUUCUCAAGUUCUCGAGCAUUUACUCAUCAGGGUUCUACAAAUGCUAGUAUAGAUCAGGAAAGUUAUCAUCAAAACCUGGGAGAUAAUAAUCAGGAGACUCUUACAGUUAAAAGUUGCAAUUCCAUGGCUUCUACCAAAAGUGAGCAGGCUGAAGUAGAAAAAUUGCGGCUAGAAUUACAAGAUGCUGUUUCCAUGUAUGAAAGAGCAUGUGAAGAGCUUGUCCAUACCCAAAGCAAGGUCCAAAUACUUUCUUCUGAAUGCAUUGAAGAAAGAAGAAAAGUGAAUGCUGCCCUGGAAAGAGAAGGAACUUUCAGGAAAAUUGCUUCAGAAGAGAAAGCAAAGCAUUUGGAAACUAUGGAGGAGGUUGAGGUGGCAAAAAACUUGCUUGCUAUAGAGGUCAAUGGUAGGCAGAUAGCCGAACUACAUGCUCUGAAAGAGUCCUCAGAAAAACAGAAAAUCAUUGAUGAACUCUUCUCAAGCGACAAGAGGUACAGAAAGUACACAAAGGAUGAAAUAGAGGUAGCAACAGAUUUUUUCUCUGAGAGCAGGGUGAUUGGCGAAGGAGGGUAUGGGAAGGUCUACAAGGGUAACCUUGAUCAUACCCCAGUAGCUGUCAAGGUUAUUCAUUCUGAUGCAUGUGACAGGAAAGAGGAGUUCCUAAGAGAGGUUGAAGUCCUUAGCCACCUACGCCAUCCACACAUGGUUUUGCUUCUAGGAGCCUGUCCUGAGAGUGGUUGUCUGGUUUAUGAAUACAUGGAAAAUGGAAGCCUGGAUAAACAUAUUUUCCGCCAAGACGGAAGGAUGCCUCUUCCUUGGUUUGUUCGGUUCCAAAUUAUCUUUGAGGUGGCUUGCGGGCUUGCAUUCUUACACAGCUCAAAGCCAGAGCCUAUUGUUCAUCGUGAUCUAAAACCCGGUAAUAUCUUGUUAGACAGAAACUAUGUGAGCAAAAUUGGAGAUGUUGGGCUGGCUAAGCUCAUUUCAGAUGCCGUGCCUGACAACAUCACGGAGUACAGAGACUCCAUUCUAGCUGGUACACUCUUCUACAUGGAUCCUGAGUAUCAGAGAACUGGCACCAUUCGACCCAAAUCAGAUGUAUACGCUUUUGGUGUCAUAAUCCUCCAAUUAUUGGCAGCUCGCCAUCCAAAUGGCCUUAUAUUGACAGUUGAAAAUGCCAUUACUAACGGUACUUUUGCAGACACAUUGGAUAAGUCAAUCACAGAUUGGCCAAUUGCCGAAACAGAAGAACUAGCUUGUCUUGCACUAAAAUGUUCCAAACUCAGAUGCCGGGAAAGGCCAGAUCUUGAGACUGAAGUUCUACCUGUUCUCAAAAGACUUGCAGAUUUCGCAGAUGCUAGUAAAAGGGUAGAAAUAAACAAUACUUCCGCGCCCAAGCACUACUUCUGUCCAAUCCUUCAGGAAGUAAUGGAGGAUCCACACAUUGCAGCUGAUGGUUUUACAUACGAGCAUCGAGCGAUCAAGGCAUGGCUCGAUAGACACGAUGUUUCACCAGUGACAAAGUGGACGUUCCAGCACAAAAUGCUAACUCCAAACCAGACAUUACGUUCUGCAAUACAAGAAUGGAGGUGUCGUGUAGAAUCAUCCAGUAACUGAACUGGAAAGAAAGGUAAGACUGUAUUUAUACUCUUCUUUACUAGGGGGCUAGUGUGACAACCCGCUCAAAAGUGGUUUGAGUUGUCUAAGUACUGCACUGAGCUUUGGAAACACGUAAGUCCGUGACAUCAGUCUCAAAAUGUUCCCCGUCUUUGCAUUUUUAUUUCAACUUAUCAUUCUUCAUCACCAACGAAGAGCAGCCUAAAGCUGAACUUCAAAUUUAGUCAAAUGUAAAGCAUAAAAUAGGUGUUAGGUUUCAAUUUUAGAUACUUCUGUUUGUGAGUUGUUAUAUAAAAUAGGUGUGUGAUGGAUUGUUAUAUAAUUUGUAAUUAUUGACUUUUUGUUAAGAUCUUAAAUGUUCAAGAUACAAUGAUAGUGUUUGUCUUUUUUGUUUGA